GAAAUUAACUUUUAAUUAUACAUUUUAUAUAUUCUUUUAAAAUAAAUAAUAAUCCCUUAUUUAUUGUGGUCUCUUCUGAAUUCCACAACUUUUCAUUAAUAUAAAUGCAAAAACCAACAAAAAAAGCUUAAAAUCUUAUGUUUAAACAAAAACUCUAAUCCUGAUUUCAACAAAAAUAUUUUCUUUUAAUCCUGUUAUUUAUUAUAAUAAUCUAUUGAAUGUGUCUAUGGAAACUAAAAGAGAAACGUAUGGAAAUAAAUAAAAAUUCUGACAUGCAAAAAGUAAAAGAGCCAAAAACGAAGAAAAUUAUGGCAAUCAAAUUUUGGUGCCGCUCCCAAAUCUGAAAUGGUACAGGCAUCAUCAUCACAUCAGUUAAAUAAAAGAAUGAAUACACUCAUUUUAUGGUCUUACAGGUGUAUUAUUUUGUUUCGGUGGUUUUAGUUGCGAGUAUUAAUAAAAUUGAAAUAAGAAAAGUCAAUAAAACAAAAUGCUAUCCGUUCAGUUUCAUUCCUUUUUUUUAAAGUGCAAAUGAUAAAAGCAAAUGUACGAUUUUAAAAAUGUUCAUUUUGUUUGUUCAAAACAUAAAAAGUGCCCUUCUGUGGAGAGAAAAGUGAGUAAAAGAUGUAUUGAGAACAACACAAAACAAAGUAGACACGCAUCACAUGUAACAACAAAGUGUAGUACCUUUACGCUCUAAUAUAUACGAUAUGGGCACAACAUGGCUACAGCAGAAUUGUAUUACACCAAGGACAGCCAAAUUCAAAAAAGAAACCAUUCGGAAUACUUUUAUGAACGUUUCAACCAACUCCAGGAAGAAAAAGAGUGGAAUUCCAUUUCUGUCCAUCAGUUUAAAACACUUUCACAAAAACAGUGCACAUUUACAAGGAUUACUGAACAUUUUUCUUGCUUUCAGUCUACGAUUAACGAUAACAAACGAUACGAGGCCAAAAAAGACAUAUUUAAUUCAAAAAAAAAUGUCAGAAAAGCUCCUCCGCAGCAAUGCCAGAAUGUUUUGUCCUCAAAAAUUGCUAAAAGCAACCAGAAGAUACAAUUUAAAGCGGCGACAAGCUCUGAGCACCCUUUUACCUCCCCUACCACUGCCAACAAUGAUUUUAGUAGAAAAGCGUGCAAGUACAACGAACGAAAACAUUCCGGCACAGAAGAUCAAAGUCUUCCAAAGACAUUAUUCUUAUGGUGCGAGAUUUUUAUCGGUUUUUCAGAAGGCGAAAGUCAAAUACCAAACUAUUGUUCAAAUAUUGUGUUUAAUUGUAUUUAUUCAAUUAAUGAUUUCAAAGCUUCCCUCGUCGCCUAUUCAAAGGCCGAUCUAUGUAAGCUCAAUCAGCAAAAUGGUCCUAGUAUUUCCGCUUCGAAAAGGAUCGAAAGUUCGGGUUUGUCAAGAGAAGCACAAAAUCAAAAGGUUUUACAGUCAAAUAAUUGCUUUGAUAACAAUGAUACUUAUAACAACAAUCACUUCCAAUACAAAACAUUUUUACCGAAUCAUUUGCAGUCAUCGUUGGAAUUGUCUAAUAGGGAGCAUUCAGUCAAAGACGCUGAAAUUAACUCUGACAAUAAAAUUGAUGCUAAGUGCACUCCAAGUUUACUACAAGGAAUUGGCACUCUUAAUACAGGGAUCUAUAAGCAAUUUAAAAAAGAUAGGUCGAAGGAAAAAGUCUGUGUGCAUUACGGAUCAACAAUACAUGUUUCAGAAGUUUGGAAUUGCGAGAAGACGACAUGUCCUGUCAAUUUUAUCCAUUCAACGAAAUCACGAAUUAAAAAGAACAACGCUGUUGCAACAAAAACCGUUAAUUCCACAAAUAAUAGAACGAGACUACACGGUCAAUGCUGUCAAAACAAUGUUUCUAAAAGUAUUGUACCAUCAGAAUGUGAUAAGAUAUUUUUACUUCAAAAGCGAAUUGAUAUCCUUAUGAAAGAUAUUUCAAAUAUGGUUGGCAGGAGCAAUCUGCAUUGCAAAUUCAAACCACAUACCUACCAAAAUUCAAAAACAACAUGCGAUUGUAAGCUAUUUUUCCAAAGUAAUUCCACAUUGCCGAAAUACGAAGAGAAACAAGUAUGCAGUAAGACUGAUGAUGAGCGAUUGCAAUCAUCAAUUUUUCUUACACGUAGUACUUUUUCAUCGAAUUUUUGUUCGCAGUCACGUUCUGCAAAUAUUCCAACAUUACCACGAUUAUCUUCCAAAACAAAACGUUUUUGCCUCACUGAUCAAUUACGACUAUCAGAAAUCGAAACCCUGCAGCAUCAUUCAAAACAACGAAGCGAAUGGAUUCCAAUCAAAUCUAAAAAGUCAGUCACACCAGCUGAUAACAAAUCCAUAUUAUGCAAUACAGCAAAAUCCACGAUUGGUGAAAAUAGUCAACUAUGUCGCAGAUUUAGUGGGAACGCUAGCAAAGCUUUUACAGAUAUUAAGAAACUUACGUGUGCCAUUUUUCCACUUUUUAUCAUUUUUAAUAUUUUGCCGCUCCUUUAUGCUGAAUGCGAUCAAACCUUUGUAUCAAGAGUUGGUGGUCCCCAAAAUGGCACGUUUUCAGCUCCUCUUGUCCACAAUCCGAAAAAUCAUUCCCGACAAUGCUUGUACAUCUUCCUAGCAGGACCUGGGCAGCGUGUUGAAGUAGUAUUUACGACAUUUAAUUUAAGAGGAAGCCCUCCCGAUGGAUCUGCUGUCGGUGAAUUGCCAACAUGUGUUCACGAAUAUAUGGAUAUAUACUCAGAAGUUCAGUCAUCGGAUCCAGCUGAUUUGAUAAACUCUCCAUUCGGUGGUAGGUUCUGUGGUACAAUACCUCCUCGCCGACGAAUAUCAAUGCAUCGGGCAAUAGCAAUAUCGUUUUUCACCAACAAAAAUGUAUCCGAGCCUGAUUUAUUUGAAGGAUAUUACAGGUUUUUGAAUGCAUCGGAAUAUGAAAUUGGUAUACCAAUAGCUGGAUCACCGUGUUCCUAUACGAUAACUCCUAGCAUGAGCCUCAAUAAAACAGGUGCUUUAAUAUCACCAACUUAUCCAGGUGCCUAUCCCAAGGAUAUGUCUUGUACAUAUCAAUUUCUCGGUGAAACCAAUCAAAGAGUUAGAUUAGAAUUUCGUGAUUUUGAUCUAUUUUUUGGUGGACCACACUGCCCAUUUGAUUACAUCAAAGUGUAUGAUGGCCCUGAUAACUCGUCAGCGUUAAUCGGUACAUAUUGUGGACAGCAGAGGAAUUUGGUUUUAUAUUCAAGCGAAUCGAGCCUUUUUGUUCAUUUCUAUACGCUUCCCAGAACAGCAAAUACACAAAAUCGUGGAUUUAAAGGAAUUUAUGAAUUUAGCGAAAGUUUUGUUAAGUUAGAUUUUAUACGCGAAAACGAUGGCAUUCACAUACGUGGCUCAGAGUGUGAUCAAAAAAUUCUCUCAAAAAAGGAGUCUGUAGGGUUUGUGCUGUCACCUAACUAUCCUUACCCUUAUAUUCCUAAGACGGUUUGUAGAUAUUUUAUUUAUGGAAUGCAAGACGCUCAGAAUUUAGAAAGAGUUCGAUUAGAGUUUUCAUCGUUCAACAUUCCCAAAGUCGAGAAUAAGGAUAAGGGAGAAUCGAAUUGUUCAGAUGGUUACCUAAAAAUUUAUCUAAAAGGCCAAGAGACUGCGGACGCAUACGAUAAAUUUGACUACGAACUGUGUGGGAAUGAAACACAGAAAGUAGUUAGUGACGGACCUAGAUUGGCAAUGGUAUUCAGCUCGGGUGAAUUACAAGGUCGUGGCUUUAAAGGGAAGUACACAUUUGAAACAGAAUAUAAGAUCCCGGGAACGGCUGCUCCAGAUGGCACUUGUAGCUUUACAUACGUCAGCAGUUCAAAAAAGCGUGGCGAUCUAAACAGCCCACGUUAUCCUUCCAACUAUCCAUCCGAGACGAAUUGUUCAUAUCUAUUUUUGGCGGAGCCAAAUGAACAGGUUACAAUUGUAUUUGAUCAUUUCAAAGUUAAGGCAGACAAUAUUAAUUCCACAGCUGGUGCAUACGGAGCAUCGGCUUGCUUUGAAGACUGGCUGGAAAUUUAUGUCAUAUACAGAGAUAACAAUGACCGCUUUCUUGGUCGAUAUUGUGGUCUAACAGCGCCCGGCCCCGUUGAGAGUCCUAGGGGAGCGGUUGGUCUGAGAAUCACGUUACAUACCGAUCAAGAAAAUGUGGCCAGCGGUUUCAAAGCUCGCUAUUUCUUCGAAACUGCCAAAUCUGAGGUUGGAGACUGUGGCGGAAACUUUUCCAACGAAGAAUCGGGAAUCAUAACAUCGCCACACUAUCCAAGCAAUUAUAAAAGUCCAGCUAAAGGCUUAGCUUCGAUGGCUUGUAACUGGUACAUGACAGCACGCCCAGGCUACAAGUUAUCAAUUAAUUUCGAGCACUUUUCUGUAGAGGGUGAUCCUAUGGCACGUGGCUGCCCUGCUGCUGUAUUAAGGAUGUGGACAAACAUAGACUCGGAAGCAGCACCCAUUGAGCUUUGCGGUGAAAAACCAUCAACGGAGCACUGGCAUUAUAUAUCAACGGGCCAAUCAUCAAGAAUAAGUUUCACAACCACGGACAAAACAAUCGGUGCACAGGGCUUCCGUAUAAUAUGGACUGAAAUUCAAGACUCUGGCCCAGGGCCACCGGCCAUUGGAUUACUUUGCGAAUCAUCCUUCCAAUUCCAGUGCAAUAUUGGUUACUGUAUAUCCGACAAGCUACGAUGUAAUGGCAUCAAAAACUGCGGCCCUGGCGACGAUAGUGACGAAAUGCACUGUAUCAUGGAAGCUCCCGAAGAGGAUCACGGCGUUCUAAUAAUAAUCAGCAUGGCCGCCGUCUCGUUCCUAAUUUGUCUCCUAUGCACACUUUGUCAUCGCCAAAAAAAACGUCGACAUAGACAACUCGGAUUACAUCGAAACACAGGACAUUAUGAUUCAACAACAAGUGCUACAGGAUUAAGUUCGAGUCGAAGGCAUCUCCAAGCUGGGGGUAGUCUUUCAGGAAGCCUUCACGGUAUAAACAGCGGAAACUUAAUAAUUCCCCCAGCCCCCCUACCACCAACAAGUGUUCCUCCACCACCCCACAUAUGUAUUGCUGGUUCUAAUGCUGCUGGAUUCGGCCUUGGAGGCAUUGGUAUAGAUAUUAUGAUAAGCGCUGACCUCGACGAUGAAGAUGGCAAUGACGAUGACGAAGAUAAUCCCGAUAUAUUUAUAAAUGAUAUACGAUUCGAUGAACAUAUUGAUCAAUUAGAAACUGUUUAACAAUUGUUGUUGAAAAUACAUAUAAAUACACAUAGAUAUAAAUUUCUAGUUUAAAUUUGUAAGAAACAAAUAAUAAAAAACGUAAUUCUAUUCAAUCCUAGAAAAAUUAUUCAUAGAAUGUUGUAUGAACAGAAAAGUGUUAAAGAAUAAUUAAACAGACAAAUAAAGAUUUAAAGAAUAUUA